CAUUCAGUUGAUUAAUUUCAUAUUCACAAGACAAGAUGGACUCUAACAAUGCAAGCUAUAAUGCGGGACAAGCCCAGGGCCAAACCCAGGAGAAGGCUAGUAACAUGAUGGAUAAGGCUAGCAAUGUUGCUCAGUCUGCCAAAGAAUCAAUGCAAGAGGUUGGUCAGCAGAUGCAGGCAAAGGCGCAAGGAGCUGUUGAUUCUGCUAAGGAUUCUACAAACAAGAACUAA